GAUUCUCCCACCCCGCCGGGACCCCCGGGGCCUCCGUCCUGCCUCUGACCGCCCAGCGCGCCUUGGAGCGGGCUGGGGAAACUGAAGCAUGGCCAGACGACGGCGCUGGAAAAGCGGCUCUCGGCGCGGCAUGGGGGAGGCAAGUGACGUGGACAGCGGGAUCAUGCUGCACUCGGGCAGGGAACGGAGCACUUCGGUGCUUGGGGACACACUAAGGACACAUGAGCUGCCUGGAGAAAGCUCUGGGGAAAUGAAGGGGUGGAGGACUGGAGGCUUCCCCUGCGUUUCGGGAGGCAUCUCAAGUGCAGUGGGGGCGUGCUGUGGACAGGAUUUGACUCAGACGGGCCCUGACAGCCCAGUGUCCCCCCCAAAGGAGCGGGUGCAGGUGGGGCAGCGGCAGCAGCAGGCACUGGAGGCUCAGCUUGAUGGCUGCAUCCAGGAGCUGCGACGGCUGUGCCUGCGUGAGGCGGAGCUGACGGGGACCCUGCCCUGCGAGUACCCCCUGAAAGCUGGCGAGAAGCCCCCCAAAGUCCGUCGCAGGAUCGGGGCUGCCUUCAAGCUGGAUGAGAUUGCCGUUCUGCGCGGGGUGGACCCUCUGGAACGGGAGCGGGCGCUGCAGCUGCAGAUUGCCGAGGCCUCCCGCCGGCUCUGCCGCGAGGAGAACAUCGGCCGGCAGGUGCGGAAGAGGCGGCAGACGGCAGCACUCCGGGAGGAGCAGAAGCUGCGGGAUCUGGAGCAGGUCCUGAGUCAGCGGCGGCUCCUGGCAGAGCAGCGGGACACCAGUACUGCCAAGGAGGACACACGGCCACCAGGACCUGCCACCCCACAGAGGUCCCCAUCUCCCAAGGACCCCACCAAGAAGGAGGAGGAGUCAGGGCUUCUGAUGCCCUCCACUAUUCCCUGGCAGGAGACCAGCCUGCACAGACCCUAUGAGAGGGCCAAAAAUCCCAGCAUCGACCGUGAGGAUGGGGAAACCCAGAGCUCCCAAUGCUGUCUUGGGUCCCUGAUGGCUGCCCCUUCCAGCUCCUUGGCCCCCAACAGCCCUGACUCUGCAGGCUCCCCAGUGUCCAGGACAGGGGACCCUCCCUACCGGUUCGUCCCCAUCCGGACCCUGGUGCUGUGCCGGCAGGCAGGUUCCAGUGCUCCCACCACCCCUGAGCCAUCAGGACGGCAGGGACAGACCCAGUCUCUGAGGGUGGACCCAUGCUGGCAGCCAGUUGAGCCGCGGGGCCGCAGCACCGCACCCCGCCGGCGCCCCACCUACUACACAGUCACUGUGCCCACCUCCUGCAUCCUGACCUCUGGCCCUGAGUGCCGCUCUGGCUCCGAUGACAGCAUCUCCGACCUCUCCAGCAUCUCCCAUGCCACCUCCCCGGGCAGCAGCAGCCCUGACAUGUCCUUUGCAGUUCCGCUUCCCCUUGCCGAGCCUGGUUACUACCCACGAGGUGCCCUCCAGCUCCUGCCACCUGCUGGCCCCCUGACUUUCCUGUACGAGCAGGAUCUGGCCCCACUGCGGUACCAGCGCCUGGUGCCCUCUCGUAGCCGCAUCGUGCGCACCCCCUCGCUCAAAGACUACGUGCCCGCUGGGGCCCGGGGGCUCUCCAAGGCCGCUGUCACCGAGGAGCUCAAGUCAUGGCACCAACGUGCCCGGCUGAGAGGUGCCCGGCCCCACUCCCUCGACCGACAAGGGGCUUUCCAGAGACCCCAUGGUGGGACCACCAGGGAUGUGCCCAUUGCUCAUGGAAUGCUGUCACUGGUUCAGUAUCACUGGGACAAAUGCACCUGUGGCACAGGUGGGACACAGGCAGGGCAAGUGAGGACCUGUGGCUGUGCUCCCACAGCUCUUCCAGCCCAACCCUUGUGCCAGGAUGUGCCCCCAGUGGUGCCCCUCAGACAAGGUAGGAUGCCAAUACCCACAGGGUCUUUGUCCCCCCAGGGUCCCCCAGUGCAGGUGCUGCGACGCUCAGCAGCCGGCGUGCCUGUGCAGGUCUAUAUGCCCGAGAACGGCGAGAUUGUCACCCAAGUGUGAGUGCCAUGUCCUCACCCUGGGGUGGGGGCACAUCCUGGCUGGCCCAGGGGUGGCAGGGACGUCUCAUGCCUCCCCACCCCAGUGUAGGGGCACAGGAGGGAGCCACAGUGCGUGGCAGGGGCUGGCCCCCACCCUGUGUUCCCUCACUGGCACUGCAAUGCUGAUAGGGACACUUUGACCCCAGUGCUUAUGGUGACCUGAAUUUGAGGUUCUGGUCUCUAAUAAAAGUGGGUUUUGGGAUA